AUGGAGGGGACAGUUGUGACAGCAGGACCAGAGAAGCCACAGAGGCGGGUGAGGUUUCGUGUGGCUUCAGGGAACAGUGGCCGGGUCCUGAAGGAAAUGUUCAAGGAUGAGGGGCCCUCAGACUCCCUGGAUUCAGAUUGCACCUGCAGUUCAGACGCCGAGCGGGCCAGCACCCCUUCUACAGCCGGAGAUGUUCAAGGAAACCUGUACGGAUUCCUGGGCUCGGAGCUGGACGACAGCGAGAGUGAGCCUGAUGAGCUGCUCAUGUACGCCGGGGCCACCAAGGACUGGAUGUUCACCACCAAGAGGGUCAACAUUCUCAGCAAAAACGGGACAGUUCGAGGGGUCAAACACAAAGUCAGCGCAGGUCAGACGCUCUUUGAGAACCUUCCUGACGGUGUGCAUUUACCACUCGAGUUUGGACGCAUAGUGAUCUACACCACAAGUUUCCGUGUGGUGAGGACCACUUUUGAGCGCUGCGAGCUGGUCAGGAAGAUCUUCCAAAACCACAGGGUCAAGUUUGUGGAGAAGAACAUCGCCUUGGACAUCGAGUACGGGAAAGUUUUGGAGGAGCGGUGCAGACGUGUCGGUGAAGCCCCCUCCCUGCCAGUCGUGUUCAUUGAUGGACACUACCUUGGGGGUGCUGAGAAAAUACUUGGCAUGAACGAAUCAGGAGAGCUGCAAGAUCUACUGACAAAAAUCGAGAGGGUUCAGCAUCCCCAGACGUGCCAGACCUGCGGAGGCUUCGCCUUCAUCCCGUGCUCAAUGUGCCAUGGCAGCAAGAUGUCCGUGUUCCGCAACUGCUUUACGGACUCCUUCAAAGCCCUAAAGUGCACUUCCUGCAACGAGAACGGCCUGCAGCCCUGUGCUAGCUGCAGCAAGUGAGGACGGUGUGAUGCCUGGACCAAACAUCCCACUUCAGGACAAAAAACAGGAACCUGAAAUGGACAGCAACACGGCCAGUAAAACACAACACAGCAGGAUUCUUUCUCCAUGGCCAUUAUUAUUGUGAAAACUGGAAUUUCUAAUAAAAUCUGCAAACUUUCUGAUUGUCUCCGUGUCAGUUGGAUUUCCCUGAAGCAUAUUUGAUUUGUAAGAAAAAAACAUCCACUGAAGGGUUGUGAACUAGCUUGCCCUCUGGGAAACAUAAGCUUGUUAGUCAGGAGGCGUCGUAAUGAACAAAUCUCUCGUCACUAAUCCUAUAUCAGACACUGUUGGAUAACAGACACUCAGGACAGUGAAAGUCGAGGGCUCAAUUUCCAGACAGUCGAAGGCAGCAAACUGGAACUUUGCUCACAGGGAAGCACAGAAAUUAUUCAAACAGUAACAUUAAAACCCCUUCAAAAAGCUACCUGUCGAUGCAAUGAUUAACCAUCAAAAACAAUAUAUGAGCCCAAAUUUUGUUGAUAUAAUCUCUGUUGCCCAAGGUGUGCUUGGGCAUACUUGAGCAAUUCAAUUAAAAUAAGAAGCUCAUAUUUCAUACAAAUCCCUGAAUUUAGUCUUGUUUUAUGACAAACAAAAAACAAAAAAAAACUUAAUUUAGUCUAAAAUCAUUCUAAUAAUCUUUAGGCUCAAUAUUUGUGUUUUUAAAUGCCAAAAAUAAGAAUGCUUUUAAAAAAUAUAUUUUCUCUAACUUGUUUUUUCAGGCCUUGCAAGAUCUUGUGUCUUUGUGAAUGACUGUAGCUCUACUCUCUUGAGCUGAAUUCUUGAUCCAGGUAUUAUUUGAAGAUGCGGGAAGAAUGAAUGACAAUCAAAAAUAAAGAAAAUUUAAAUGCAUAAUGUUUAAUUUUAUGAACUGUUUUAUAUUUUUGCUGAACAUAUCAUGCAUAAAAGUCUCAAAACUAAGGGAUACACAAAGUCUACAUUUUCGCACUGUGGACUUUGUGAAGAAUGCAGGAAAAGAAAUACAGUUUUAGCCAUCAAAGAAAGUUUACAGACAUUAAGAUACUUUGUUUACAAAGGGACAACUAUCGCCUGAAUGUCCAGCAGACUCACUUUUUUUUAACAAAUAAACUGAUUCUUAUCAUCUGUAUUACAAGAAAAACGGUUUUAGGGGUGGAAGCGGCAGAUUUCGCUUCUGCUCCUGGCCGGCUCUGGUUGGCAGCAACUAUUGGGUCUAUUGAGGAAGCGCAGCGCAGCUCUCUAUGCUGUCAUAGCCCUGUACAAUGCUGCUUGAACAUUAUUAGACAAGGCAGCACCGUAAAGAGGCUAAAAGCGUAGAGCAGGGUGAUGGUGAUCAGCAAAAUGAUUCUCCUUCAAGAUGCUCCUCUUCCACCUGCGAUUCAACCCAAAUAAGCGACCAUUAUUAGAACAGUAUAAUUACUGAAGGCUGGUUCUCUUCAUUGACAAUAAAAGAUGAUUACAAAAAGCUCACAGCUUUAGUUUUGUUAGGUGUUAUGAGAUUCUGGGCUUUGUGAUCACAGGCUUGACGUGAUGGAGAAAAUCUGAAGCUCCAACUGUGUGGAUUCAGUGCGCCCCCAUCUGUGGGGUGAUUGAGAUGAAAAGACAGGAGAGGGGGUUGAAACACAAAUGGAAGAUGCAUCGAGGAUUUUUACCCUUCCCCCCACCCCCAAUCACAUUUCUAAAAGCCUAAAACAAAAUGUAUUUAUAAGGGAUAAUAAAAGCGUCAUUGUUUGCGCUCAGUUGCCGGAGAUGGGAUGAUGUAUGAGGCGAUCAGCAGACACGUCUCGACGCUCGUCUAAUUUAUGAUGAACCUGGUGAUCCGGUUGCUUUUUUUUUUUUUUUCUCAAUGAGCAUGUAUUGUGUGAAGAUGGGGCGAUAUGAACGGAAACGAGAUGGGCAGUGGCGGAGCUGAUCUGGGAAUGGGAAGACGAGACAUGACACUGAUGAUGCGCGCAACACCCAGAAAUGUUCACACAACAUUCAAUGGUUAAAAACCUGCAAUGGUGGGAUCGUCCGCACUGCGUCCGCUCUCCAAGGAUGUGCGAAAAAAGAGGUUAUUUCAGUCGAGUAAUCGAGCGUGGUCCGGCCGCGGUGCUGUGCGUAAUGUUUUUGAAUGGUCGGUCAAUGCGCAGACUGGUUGGAAAUGACUGUUUUUAUUGACGUCAGCGUACAGGCUAGUGCCCCCCUCUCUCAUCCCCACAACUGCACCAUCUAAUGGCUUUACAUUCCAGUCAACCAUCUGGGGUUCAAACAGGAAGCAGGCCCCCGAUCUGCUAAGAGAAGCUUGAAUUUGACUUAAAGGGCCCCAAUAUGUAAACAUCUGCAGAGCACAAUGUCACGCAAACAACCAAAGAUAUAAUUGAUAAUCUGCAGGUGCAGAGUUAACAUAAAUUUGAGUCCCAUAUUAAUUUUUCUCAGAGACAUUAGGCACAAAAUAAGCCUGGACCUCUUGAAAGGAUCCGAUAAAUACAAUCCAUAUUGGUAAAAGCUGAGUGCUCUAAAAAAAAACAACUUACUUGGCUAAAAAGGUGUUGCGUUUUGUGUUUGUACUGCUGAUAUGGGUUGAAUUUAAUAAACCCGAUUAGGACCCCCUACAGAAAACCCGCUGUGAACCCAAAACCAUGAGAAAACUCAUCUUGGGGAUCUCAAUCACAUUAAAGUUGGGUAUAAACAGCUUAAACCAAACAUUUAAUAUUUAAUAUAAUGUGUGUACAUUUCUGAACUUUAAUAAAUUCUUGCAUAUUAUGUGAUGUUCUCCACAGGUUGCAUUAGAGCCACAUCUUAACUUCCUGUAUAGGUUUCAUUCCCUUCAGAGUGGGCCCACAUGGGCCCUAGAUGCCAUUUACAUCCAACCUGUGGUGACAAUGUCAUGAUCACAGCUUUUUUUUUUGUUUCAAAGUCCCAAAAGACUCAUACAUGAAGCAAAUGACUGUCUUGCAUACUUUUACUAAGCUAAAGCAUAUAUGUGGGACCCAAAUUAAUUUUACUCUGGUUUAAUAAGCAUUAAAUGGUCCUGGGCAGAUGAUGGAUUUCUUUUAUGGGUCUCACUUUUUGGUUUAAUAUAAUUUAUAUCAGAAAACCCAGUUAAGUACUAUGUAAACAAUGUAACAACUUCAAAUUACACAAUCAAUCUAGGGCCCAUAUGGGUCCCUCCUUGUACCCAAAGUUGUUUUGAAUCAAAUUAUCGGCGAUUAAAAAGGGCCCAACUUACAAGAUUCAACCACAGUUUGGUUCAAAGUUCAAAAUUACAUUAAAAAGCGGACAAUGAGUUACACAGGUAGAACCUGUCAACAUGUGCAUCGGUAGGGGACUUGGUGAACCUGAAGACACAUUUGGGUUUAUUACAUUUAAUUCAUAUCAGCAAACUCAGUCGUACAAAAUCUUUGUAGAUAUAAAUAGUAAAUUGCCCUGUCAUUCCGCUCACAUACAUCCCAAUGUACUCCCUUAGAUUUCUUGAAUCAAGUUGGCAGUUUACAUAAGUUAAAUAUGUUAUCCUGUGGACAAUCAAUGCACAUAUGGGU